UAGAUAUUUCUAUACAUAUAGAUGGGAACUUCCCUAAGUCAGGCUAAAUAGAAGGCAGGCUGCUGGGCUGUGCAUCACCACUCACACAGCUCCAGAUAGAUCGCUGCUAUGGGAUCCCAGGAUGUUCAAGAAAGACAUAGGAACUAUGGGGCGGUUGUGGAACCAGAGACGCAAGAAGACAAUCACUCAGAAGGAACUUAUCUGGAUGAAGUUAUUGACGUACCCGACACAAGAACACCUGGAUUUAGCUUUCGGAAGCUCUGGGCAUUCACAGGUCCUGGGUUCUUGAUGAGCAUUGCAUAUCUGGAUCCUGGAAACAUUGAGUCUGAUCUACAGUGUGGAGCAAUAGCUGGUUUCAAGCUUGUAUGGGUUCUUCUUGGUGCCACCAUUUUGGGGCUCCUUUGUCAGAGACUAGCAGUGCGUCUAGGAGUGGUGACAGGAAAUGACCUGGCACAGGUCUGCCAUAAAUACUACCCCAAGGUUCCUCGAUGGAUUCUAUGGAUUUUGGUGGAGUUGGCCAUCAUUGGCUCUGAUAUGCAGGAAGUCAUUGGCACUGCCAUUGCAUUUAGCCUCCUGUCUUCUGGUCGAAUUCCGCUCUGGGGAGGGGUCCUUAUCACCAUUAUAGACACCAUCUUUUUUUUAUUCCUUGAUAAAUAUGGUCUCAGGAAGCUGGAAGCUUUCUUCGGCUUCCUUAUCACUAUAAUGGCAGUUACUUUUGGCUAUGAGUAUAUAGUGGUAAAACCAAACCAAGUGGAGGUGUUAAAGGGCAUGUUCAUCCCAUACUGCUCUGGCUGCCACUCCCCAGAACUCCUUCAGGCAGUGGGCAUCAUCGGAGCCAUAAUUAUGCCACACAACAUAUAUCUACACUCUUCUCUUGUCAAGUCUAGAGCUGUGGACCGCUCAGAUAAGAGGGAAGUGAAAGAAGCCAACAUGUAUUUCAUGAUUGAGUCAACCAUUGCACUCUUUGUAUCCUUUCUCAUUAACCUCUUUGUUAUGGCUGUGUUUGCAGAGGCUUUUUAUAACAAGACUAACCAGGAUGCCUAUGAUGUUUGCCAGAACAGCAGCAGCCCUCACGCUGGAGUAUUUCCUCCUAACAACGAAUCCUUAGAUGUUGAUAUCUACUCAGGGGGAGUAAUACUGGGGUGCUUCUUUGGUCCUGCAGCUCUCUAUAUCUGGGCUGUAGGAAUCCUGGCUGCAGGGCAAAGUUCAACAAUGACUGGGACCUACGCUGGGCAGUUUGUAAUGGAGGGUUUUCUGAAUUUGAAAUGGUCAAGAUUCUACCGAGUACUUUUUACCAGAUCAUGCGCCAUCAUACCCACUGUAUUUGUGGCUGCAUUUAAAGAUGUUGAGCACCUAACAGGGAUGAAUGAUUUCCUUAACGUACUACAGAGUAUCUUGCUUCCCUUUGCACUACUUCCCAUUCUGACAUUCACCAGCAUGCCUACAGUGAUGAAGGACUUUGCAAAUGGAAUCAUUGGGAAGAUAAUUGCCAUUCUGCUGAUAGUAUUAAUCAUUGCUAUAAAUCUGUACUUCGUUGUUGUGUACAUCCCAACAGUGAACAGCAUCCCCCUCUAUGUGCUUAUUGGUGUCAUCCUCUUGUUUUACGUCAUAUUUACAUUCUACCUGAUCUGGACUUGCUGCCUUGCGCAUGGAGCUACAUUUUUGUCCUAUGGACGACAUAAGAAAUUCUGGUACUAUGAACCUAUAGACCUUCUAAAUAAACAUGAAACUGACAAAGAGAUAAACAGGACUGAAGUACAAGGUGUUGAAGCUUCAUUGCAACCCAACGUCUCCAAAAGAAGCAAUUCAUACUAUCGGGCUGGAAAUUUACAUAACAGGGCAAGCUCUUGAUGUAUUAUAAUCUUUUUUUUUAUAUUUAUACUAAAAUGACGUUAUAUAGAAACCCUAAGGAACCACAGAAGGCUCAAAGAGACGGUAAACACCUUGAAAUGUUAAUAUAAAAUGUUUAGUUAUGUGUAAUAAAACAACUUCGCAAUAUA